UUCAGUCAUACGUUGCAAACGCUCGAAUGUAUUGUAAUGGUGAGGAAAAUGAUAUUGAAGAGAAUGAAAGCCGUGCUGAACAAUGGCAGAAUUAUAUGGCAACGAAAAAAGCCAAACUUCAAUAUCAAGUAAAUGUAUUGGACAAACACGAAUGCAUCUCCUGUAUUUUUAAAGGCAUUUCAAUUUUCGUUAAUGGUUAUACAGAUCCACCAGCAGCGGAAUUACGAAAGUUAAUACAUAUGCAUGGUGGCGAAUUUCAUAUUUACUACAAACAUGGCACUACAACCUAUACAGUCGCUACACAUUUAGCCGCUGGUAAAGUGAAGAAACUUCGAAAGGAAGAGAAAAUCAUUCAUCCGAGAUGGCUUACCGAUAGUGUCAGAGCAGGAAUUCGAUUACAUGAAGACGAUUAUUUAUUGUAUAAAGAUGGUGCACUGCAAACAGCCGUGGCAAAACGACUUGCAGUUGGAAGUUAUAGCUCCCCAAAAGAAGGAUGUGCUACGAGUGCUGCGAAUGAUCCAAAUUUUGUGAGUAACUUUUAUGAGAGAUCUCGUCUACAUUUAAUUUCAACUUUGGCACAAGAAAUGAAGCAUUACGUAAACGAGUUAAGGGAAAAUCAAACUGAUAAUUUUCCUUCACGCGUACAUCUCCAGCAUUUGAUUGAUAAGGAUUUCGCGAAUCCUCCAAAGGAGACCAUUUGCCACGUCGAUUUGGAUUGUUUCUUUGUGUCGGUUGCACUAAGAACUCGUCCAGAAUUGGUUGGAAAACCAGUAGCCAUUACCCAUUCAAGAGGUACAGAAGGUGCUGGUAUGUCCGAAAUUGCAUCAUGCAGUUACGAAGCCCGAGCACAAGGUGUUCGUAAUGGCUGUUUUAUUAAAGACGCGCGGAAGGUAUGUCCGGAUCUCAUUUGCCUUCCUUAUCAGUUUAACGAUUAUCGACAGAUUUCAAGGGAAAUCUAUUCAAUUUUAUCAGGGUAUACGCACAAUAUUCGCGCUGUAAGUUGCGAUGAGAUGUAUGUUGAUUUGGAAACCUUAUGUAAGGAGAUGCAUAUAGCAGAUGUAAUGGGCAUUAUAUCUGUGAUACGGAGUGAAAUUUUGACUAAAACAGGCUGUAAUGCUUCUGUCGGUAUUGGAAAUACAAUGUUAAUAGCUCGUAUAGCAACUCGGCAUGCAAAGCCGAAUGGCCAAUUCAUGAUCAAAUUGGGUGAUAUCGAUGAAUUGAUCAGGAAAGAGAAAAUUUCGUCUUUACCCGGAAUUGGUUAUAAUAUUUGCGCAAAACUUAGAAAUGCAUUCGGUGAGAUGAAUUUAUGUGAGGAUUUGCAAAAAGUGCCCAUUGAUCGUUUGCAAAAUCUUCUUGGUGAAAAAAUUGGAACUCAGAUAUAUAACAUGUGUAGAGGAGUGGAUAAAGAAAGAAAUUUUUUGGAAAAGAUUAUCCGCAAAUCUAUUUCGUGUGAUAUAAAUUAUGGAAUUCGAUUUAAAAAAGAAGAUGAAGUAAUGGAAUUUCUUGGAAAAAUAUGUUCAGAAUUGGAAAAAAAACUUCAUAUAGCCCGGAUGACUGCGUCUACUAUUACCCUUAAAUUACUGAUUCGAGCACCAGAUGCACCCGUUAUAACAGAAAAAUAUUUGGGUUGCGGGAGAUGUGAUGUAGUUACAAGGACAGCUCAUGUGAGGGAUGCUACUGCAAAUAAUGCAGUAUUGCAUGCAGAAGCAAAAAAGUUAAUGAAAGCAAUAAAUCCAGUUAUAUGCGAUUUGAGAGGAAUUGGUAUCCAAUUAACUCAUUUAACUGAAAUACCGAAGGUAUUAAUCAAUGAUGAGCAACCCAUCAAUAGAAAUACGUUGACACAAUUUUUUGCUGUGAAAAGUAGAGGACAACAACAUGUUAUUGGAAAAAAUGAAGGGAAGAGUGAGGAAGAUAUUGCUUUAGAGUUAGCGUUGAAGGAGUCGCUUAAAGAAAGCAGGCGAAAUCGUCGGUAUCGUAAAGAAACUAUCCAUCCGGAUUAUCGGAAUUAUUUCGAGGAUGAAGAUGUGAAAGCUGAAUUUUUGCGAAUACUGCAGCAUUAUAAAUAUCCUACAGCGGAAGUGGUAUCAGAAAUGGCAACAUAUUUUGGUUUAUUGGUAAAAAACGGUGAUUUGAGUGAUGUCAUAUCACAGCUUAGGUUUUUGCAACGUGAAACGAUAAACUUUUCAUUGGAAUGGAUUAUUGUAGUGUCCUCUUUAAAAGUUGAAUUGAAUCAUCUUUGUGAUACAAUAUAUGGUUCGUUAUUAUUUCGUUAA